UAGACACGAACCAAACUAACCGUCGCCAAAUAUAUAAGAGUAGAAAUUAAGUUAAUACACGAAUCAUUCGUUGCGUGCAUUCCACAAACACUAUACAUUCUUUGCUUGAAAAUAUUAAUUAUUGGCUUAAAGUUAAUGAUACUAAUAUUUAUAUGUUCUGAAUCUUACCAAGAAAAGCAGCCAAGACGAGGCAGUUCACUGAAUCUUUUUAAAUAAAGAUAAAUUACAGAAUCAAAUGCGUUGAUAAAGCAAUCCAGCUAUUUCUUGUUUAAUUCGAUUUGAGUUUAAUUCCCGACAAUCAAAGAGAAAAUAAUUGUGAGAAAAUCAAAGAGAAAAUAAUUGUGAGAAGAAAAAAAAAGUAAUGACGUGUAUAGCAAUAGGUACACGCGCUCUAAAUCAAUUCCGAACCGGAUCUUAAAAUGGUUAUCGUUCGGUUUGCUCUCCAAUUACAUUUUCCCGCCACUUUCUACAAAGUAUAAAACAACCCAUUCGUCAUCAAUCCCUAAUUUCUCGCUCACUUCAACAAUGGAGGUUCCUACAGAGCCAAAGACGACGCAGAUCGAUGAAAUCUCUCACAAUCUCUCGUUUUCCACUUCCAACGCCGGCGAUUCUAGCUGGGACAAAAUCUCCUUCUUCCGUCACCGUUCACGGCAAAUCAAACGAGACACUUGGCUUGUCUCCGUCUUCGUUCUUCUUCAGAUCGUCCUCUUCGCUGUAACUAUGGGCGUCAACGAUUGCUCCAGAAACUCUCACGGUCACUGCGCCGCCAAACUCCUUGGCCGAUUCUCUUUCCAGCCUCUCUCCGAGAAUCCUAUGCUCGGUCCCUCCGCCUCAACGUUAGAGCAUAUGGGAGGUCUUUCUUGGAAUACUCUGACAGAGAAUCAUGAGAUUUGGCGUAUUUUGACAUCUCCGUGGCUGCACAGUGGAUUGUUUCAUCUAUUCAUAAAUCUUGGGAGUUUGAUUUUCGUAGGGAUAUACAUGGAGCAACAAUUUGGACCAUUGAGGAUUGCAGUCAUAUACCUACUCUCUGGCAUUAUGGGUAGUCUGUUUGCUGUGUUGUUUGUUCGAAACAUCUCAUCAAUCUCUUCUGGUGCUGCUUUCUUUGGGUUGAUUGGAGCCAUGCUUUCUGCACUUGCAAAGAACUGGAAUCUAUAUACCGGCAAGAUUUCAGCCUUGGUGAUAAUAUUCACUAUCUUCACUGUGAAUAUCCUGAUAGGCUUUCUCCCUUUCAUAGACAAUUUUGCAAAUAUUGGUGGUUUCAUAUCAGGAUUCCUCCUUGGAUUUGUGCUAUUGUUCAAACCACAACUGAGACAGAUGCCUCCAUCUCAUAAGGGAAAAUUGUUUGAAGAUGAUACGAACAGAUCCACAAGGCUUAAAGAUCAGUUUGAUAGACCGGUGUUACGGAUUAUAUGCCUGGUCGUGUUUUGUGGAAUGCUUGCUGGGGUUCUAUUAGCAGUGUGCUGGGGCGUCAAUCUUAACCGUCAUUGCCAUUGGUGUCGCUAUGUUGACUGUGUUCCAACCAAUAGAUGGAGCUGCAGUGACAUGACUACUUCCUGCGAGGCAAUGGUGAGUGAUGCUCAGCUAACACUAACGUGCAUGGCCAAUGGAAAGUUCCGGAUAUUUCCUUACACCAAUAUCUCACAAGCCAGGACACAAGACCUCUGCACACUCGUCUGCACUUAGACAUGACCAAGGAUUCAACUCCUUUACACAUUUACUAUACUCACUCCCACACUUAGAUAAUUGCAUAUACCAAAACUCUCACCUGAAAUCACAAAUCUGUCAAGAUUUCCACACUUGUAAUCCUUUUGUCAAUUCUGAUAACUCUUGUAGCCUAGCCAUGGAUAAGGGGUAAUGAGACGAAUUGUCUUGUUAUUGAUUCUAUGAAUCUGAAUACUAAAAGUCUACUAAA